AUGCAAUGGAGCCGAGAGCUGGGAGCUGGCUAUUCCAGUGUGGCGGUGGCCGGAGAUCGCAUCGUGACCCUCUUUACCUCGGGUCCUGACGACUUCUUGGCUGCCUUUGCCGUCGCCGACGGCGAGGAGCUGUGGCGGUUGAGGUUGGCGGACAAAUACGUCGGGCACGAAGGUUCCGACGACGGCCCGUUGUCUUCGCCGAUGAUAGAGGGUGGCGUCGUCUAUGCUCUCGGGCCAAAAGGACAACUGGUCGCCGCUGGGCUCGAAGACGGCGUCGAGCUGUGGCGCACGCAGCUCGACAAGUCGAAUUCCAUGGUUCCCUACUAUGGCUACACCUCGUCUCCGCUUCCCGUAGACGGUUUGGUGGUGGUGCUGACCGGGGGAGAGGGCCGUGCGGUGUCCGCCUUUGAGCAAAAGACCGGGGCCUUGAAAUGGUCGGUGGGUGACGACUCGGUGACCUACCAAACCGCCAUCGUCGCCGAGCUGGGUGGGCGCCGUCAGCUGGUCGCGGUCACCGACCAUGAAGCCAUGGGCUUGGAGAUCACCACCGGUCGGGUGCUUUGGAGCUUCGGGCAUAGCGUCGGAUCCGCACGCCAGGAGUCGGCCCAUCCGACCCUGGUCGACUCGAGCCAUCUUUUGCUCAAUUUGCAGAGCGAGUCAUUGUUGCUCAAGGUUUCAGGGGCCGGCGAGGUGCAAAAGGCAGAGGAGGUCUGGAGAAGCCGCGCUUUUGCCAACUCCUUGGUGUUGCCGGUGGCUCACAACCAGAGGCUGUUCGGCUUCACCGGUCGAAUUCUUUCGGCAAUCGAUCCUUCCAACG